UGGCUCUGGUCGGCGCGCGCCCCUGGUAUCUGGAUGGUGCUGAUCGGCUUUAAGAUCCGUUGUUAAUGUAGUGCUUUUUUAUGUUUAAUAGUAGGAAUAAUUUUGGCAGCAACUAUACGCCAUGUAUACGGGGCUCAAGUGGAGGAACGAUGACAUUGUGGUUUAGCUUAGAACAUGAGUUCGGUGGAUGGUAUUGAAUUUGGUUGGCAGGGGGCAUUAAUCACGGAUGUGAAUGCGGUCAUUGCUUUUUUGUGUACGAGGAUGGCUGUCUCUGCGUGAGUAGAUGAUCUAGCUUUUCUUCCUUAGCCAGAUGCAGUAGAACUCACCAGCGAUGAGGUAGAGCUGACGGCCGCGGCAUCUGAAAGAGAAAAUCGAUCUCAGGUUAUAUACAGGAAUGGAAAGCGGCUUCAGUCCUUCGAUAUUGACAAGCGGGUGCGGCUCGGAGCAUGUGAUUCGGCUGGCAACUCUAAUAGAAAACAGUGAGAGCCAGGGAUUGUAUGACUCCCCGAGCGAGCAUACGAAGAUUGAUGGUGACCGUGGCAGCGCUGAAGAGGAUACAUCCGGUUCACCACGAUCUGAAGAAGGAUGGGUCAGAAGGUAUGUGUCUAAGUGAAAACAGAACACACCAACAAUCAAAAAAAGUAUAGUCAGAAUCACACCUCCCAUGGAAGAUACAGUGUUGAAUCUAACCUGGCCAAGGCACGGAGUAAUGCCAGAUGAAAGGAAGACCAAGCACGACAGAGUUGCACCUUUGGAGCAGGCUUUAAGAGGAUUUGCUAAUAGAAAGACUGAUGCUGUGGUAGCACCAUCUAUUGGAUUGGUUUUUGAUUCUUUGGGUGAAGCAUAUGAUUUCUACAACCUAUAUUCUUGGGAGCUUGGUUUUGGUAUAAGAUAUGGCAAAAGCAGAACUAAUGUAAAGGGGACAAAAUGCAUGCAGGAGCUCUUAUGCGCAUGUUCAGGAAACCUAAGAAAAGCAAUACAACUUCUUGCCGUUCUGAGUGCCCAGCUAUGUUACGUCUUCUACAUACUGAAGACAAAUGAUGGUUCAUAUGUGAGUAUCGUCAUGUUCAUAAUCACGCUAUGUUAUCAAACUGUGUGGAAAAGCUCCAUUUCCCUUCUCAUCGUCAUAUUGACAAAUACUAGAGAGCUUGUUAGCCAGUUACGCGAGAAUAAUGUGAACCUAAGCAAGGUUUACAGCAUUAUUGGCAUGAUUUUUUGGUAGAAUAGAGAAUGCACCUUUCACUAAAAGGUGCCUAAGGACACUAUGUGGCAAAAUAAGCAAGGAACAGGCUGAUGAUGAUGUCAGAAAAAACUAUGGAUUUGUUUUCAGAGUUGAAAGAAAGAGAUAGUGAAUUUCAGUACACCGUUCAAGUGGAUAGUGAGAGUAGGAUAAGAACUAUUUUGUGGACUAACAGACGUAGCAAGCUCCAAUACCAUCAUUUUGGCGAUGUAGUUACUUUUGAUACCACGUACAAGACAAACUUGUAUGAUAUGCCUUUUGGCUUGUUUGUUGGAGUUAGCAAUCACUUCCAGAAUGUUUUGUAUGCUGGAGUUUUGAUGCGUGAUGAGAAGGUAGAGAGUUUUGAGUGGGUGUUCAGCGAAUUUGUAAAGUUGAUGGGCGGGAAGAAACCAAUAACAAUAUUAAUAGAUCAGGCAAGAGCUAAGGAGGUUGCAAUAAAAAAUGUUUUUCCUAGCACAAAUCACCGAUGGUGCAAGUGGCACGUAUUGAAAAAAGCAAAGGAGUCGCUAGGAAGCAAUCAUACGAAGAAGUCAGAUUUUUGUACAGAAAUUCAUCGUCUAUGUGACGAAAUGUUGUCUGUAGAAGAAUUCUAAAAAGGUUGGGCAGAAUUGGUUGGGAAAUAUGGCCUGUCAAGCAACACGUUUUUAACUUAGGUUUAUGAGGUGAGGAAAAAAUGGGCAAAACCUUACUUCAGCGGCAAAUUCUGUGCUAAAAUGACUAGCACCCAACAGAGUGAGAGUGCAAACCACAUGCUUAAAAAUUACGUGCCGCCAGCAUGCCCGAUGAAUGUUUUCGUUAAGCAGUAUGGCAAGCUACAAUAUGACAGGGAACAGGAGGAAGGAUUUCAAGAGAAAAGAACAAGGCUGGGUGGAGCUGUUAUAAAAUCAAAUCUUCCAAUAGAGCGUCACGCAAGGAAGAUUUAUACAAGGACAAUGUUUGAGAUGUUUGGAAGGACGCUUUAUGUGGCUGGCUACUAUUUUGUUGAAGAGUUAGAACCAAAAAUAAGAUAUGUUGCCAUACAUGGGAACCCUGAAAGCAUGGAUCUGUGGUUCAAAACUAAGUAUGAGGUGGUUAUAGCCGAAGACCAAUCAAAAUACAGUUGCGAGUGUGGAAGAUACGAGCACAUGGGAAUGAUUUGCUCUCAUAUACUAAAGGUUAUGAUAAUACUUGAUGUGAAGAAAAUCCCACAAGCACACAUAAUGAAGAGAUGGACACUAGAAGCUCGAGAUGUUUUGCCGGAUCAUAUCAAGCAUUACCAGAGAGACAUGGGGCCACCUGAUGCAAUGACAUUCAGGCAUUCUGCAAUGUACAUAACAAAAUUGGAGAUUGUCCAUCUUGGUGACAGCAAUCCUGAGGCUUUUGAGUAUGUCAUGAAUGGACUUUGUGAUUUAAAACAGAAAGCUAUGGCAUUAAACCUUAACAAAGACGGGUUGAGUGUGAUAGAGAAGUCGAAAGCAUCAAGCAUGACAAACUCCGUGGGUUCCCGAACAUCUUGCAAAACAAUGAAGACGAAGCGCCCAAGUGUUUCCAAAGAGUCUGUUUCCAACUCUUCACGUGUUAACCCCAUCGAGCCAAAUUUUGUUUGUAGUAGUGAAGUGUCCUCAAGAGAAGUUUUGUUAGCACCAGAAAGGAGGCUGAAAAGAGGAUACCCAACCACAUCACGUGACAAAGCGCCGUAUGAAGAUUCACAGAAGCGGACACGUUUCGGUAGUGUUUGUCGUGGAAAAGGCCACAAGAGCACUACUUGUCCACAAAGGGGAGAUCUGCCAGUUAAACCACGCAAAGAACCGCUUUGUAGCAAUUGCAAAGUUUCUGGUCAUAGGAAGAAUAGUUGCUCCAAGAAAAUGGUAAGUUUCAUGGAAGGGAUUAGUACAUUCCCAGGUCUGUCCACUGUGGGUGUUGAAGAGCUGGACUGAAGUGAGUUUGUAGAACAUUUCAUGUUUAUGAUUUUAAACUGUGAUGUGUUUUGUUGUUUGAAUUUUAAUUCUGUCACUUGUGGGUGUUGAAGAGCUGUACUGAAGUGAGCUUGUAGAACAUUUUAUGAAUGUGAUGAAUGCUUAAUGUUAAGGAUUUUAAACUAUGA